AUUAUUAUCUUUUGUCCAGUUAGUCCAUUAAUGUAUUAAAAGGAUUCUAAAGAAACAAAGCUAAAGGUAUAAAAGUCCAGAAAAUUGUAUAUUGAGAAGAAGGCGGUAGUUGAUCAAAGGCAGGCAAGAGGACAUACUGAAGAGCAGGAAAGAAAGAUGUCUUCAGAGGAGAAACAACUAUUUGUUAUAGAUACAGAUGCUGGAUUAGAUGAUGCUCAGGCAAUUUUAAUGGCGUUAGCUGCACCUCAUGUUGAAGUUAUUGGUAUCACUACAGUUUGUGGAAACACCAAUGCAAAACAAGUGUCCAAGAAUGUUCUCCGACUUUUGAAAGCAGUAAAUAAAUUAGAGAUUCCAGUAUAUACCGGUUCUGAAAGAACAAUAAUUGGUUGGCAGAAACCAGAUGAUUGUAAUUAUCAUGGUAAUGAUGGAUUUGGCGAUGUACCAGAUGAUGAUCCUCCAGAUUAUAAUUUAAUCCAAUCAAAACAUGGUGUCCAAGCUUUGAUAGAUCUUAGUAAACAAUAUCCAGGGAAAUUAACUCUGGUUGCACUUGGUCCUCUAACAAAUUUAUCACUAGCUAUUAGAUUAGAUCCUACAUUUGGUGAAAGAUUAAAAUCAUGUUUUAUAAUGGGUGGUAAUUAUAAAGGUGAAGGAAAUAUCACUCCAAGUGCAGAGUUCAAUUUUUACACAGAUCCUGAAGCUGCACAUAUAGUAUUAUCAGAUCUAGGCUGUCCGAUAACAUUAGUUUGUUGGGAACUUUGUUUAGAACACUCCUUUCCAUGGACAUGGCACAAAGAACUAUUCAACCUUGAUACUGAUACAGCCAAGUUUUUGAAGAACUUGGAAAAGAACACUAUAGAGAAUUUUUAUGAAAAACAAAAUUUUGAAAAUUACGAAUUAGCUGACCAAUUAGCAGUGGCAGCAGCCAUUAAUCCAAAGAUUAUUUUGAAAUCAAGUGAAGUUUAUUGUGUAGUAGAAACUAAAGGGACAUACACCACAGGUCAAGUGGUCGUUGAUUGGAAAAAUAAACUAAAAGAAAAACCUAAUGUUACGAUUUUAACCAGUAUUGAUAAACUUUGCGUAAAAAACUUGAUAUUAAAUGCCAUGAAAUUAAAGUAAUGUGCACAUAUAGA